AUGUGUCACACACGUCGACUGCGUCAGCACACAAACCGCAAGGUCGCGUCGUUAUCAAGCGCCACCACCGCAUCGUCGCUAUCUUCGUCUUCCACGACCGAUCCCAUGAACACGAACCCUAACAGCUGUACCCCUACCAAUCCCCCUAACAACUAUACCUUGGCCAAUCCCCCCAAUAGCUAUAACCGUGCCCCGAGUCAUGCCCCAUCCAGCUCGUCCCUGCCCAGUUACACCGCCCGGCACCACGUCUUCCAACCACAUACAACUUCCAAGCCAUCAGCCGCCGGUUCGUUCCUCUCCGGCUCAAGCACGAGUCCACGUGGCUGCUCGUCCUCAGUCUCCUCGCCCGAACCCGAGUCCAUCCUUAAGGUCGUGCUCAUUGGCGACUCGGGCGUAGGCAAGUCAAACCUCGUUCGGCGCUUUACCAAGAACCGGUACAAGCCCCAGAGUGUCCAGACCGUGGGCUUUGAGUUUGCCACCAAGACCAUUCGAGUCGGGGACCGCCGCUUGAAGGCUCAGAUCUGGGACACGGCUGGUCGAGAACGCUUCCAGUCGUUGACAGCCGCUUACUAUCGGAAUGCCGUGGGGGCCAUGAUCGUGUACGACAUUACAAGCCGCAGCUCCUUUGAGCACGUGACGGGGUGGCUGGCUCAAGUGCACGAGCACGCGCACGAGAGUCUCGUGCUGGUGCUCGUUGGAAACAAGUGCGACCUCGCGCAUUUGCCUGAGAGCAGAGAAGUGUCGACGCUGGAAGCAGCGAGGUUUGCAGCAAAACACUCGAUGGAGUUUCUCGAGACGUCGGCACUGGACGCGACGAAUGUGGUGGACGCGUUCAAAAAGAUGAUUGUGCCGGUGGGACGGUUGCUGUCACCGGCAGAGCCAUUGCAAAUUGCACGAUUGCCGCCAGGGUGGCGGCGUGUUUUAUCCAGAACGAGGCCGGGGGAAUACUCGUACGAGAACCAGUAUACGAAGGAGCGGAUUUCAUUUGCUCCGAAAGAGCCGGCGAAACCUUCGCAGCAAAGCUUUCGAUCGCCUGCAAAUGGAUCGAAAAACGGAUCUCUAGAGGUUGUCACCGUCACACGUGAAAGCCUCCAGAAGCAACAUCAGAAAGCGUAUCUUGCCCAGAACCAGACGCCGCCAUGUGGUGUCUGUGCAAGUAGCUGCACGAUAUUGUAG